AUGGUGUCGGGGACGAUAAUCCACAACGUUGGCUUCUUCUCGGCGUCGCGGGCACAGAUCCAGGACGCGGAGCGCAACCGCAGGAAACGAUGCGCCGCCUCAGCUGCCGCGAAGCGACGGGGGGAAAACGUGAAGGUGGAGAAGUUCCGCCCCAUCGACAUGCUUCAUGAAGACGAGCAUGGACAGUACUGGUCCUACCACCUCUUCGAGUACGGCAAGAACAAGGAGGGAUACUGGACCGGGCUCAGGAUGCUGGACCACAUGUCAGACGUGCUCGACAUGUUCACAGUUCUCUACCCUGAGCACAAGCCUGUAGGCCUCUUCGACUGGUCGUCCUGUCAUGACUGCAUGACGGUCGGCGCACCGUCGGUGAAGAGAAUGAACUUGGGUGUCGGUGGUGUGAGAAACGGAGAAGAGCUUGCGCCGAUGGACCCCGUGACCAUCCUCGAACAUACCCCGAACCUCCCAGCCGGUACGGUACAGCACUUGGUGUUUCGGAGGGGGGACGAUCCCCCCUUCCACUCCCCGCAUUUCAAGCCGGCGCAAUAUGUCGGAAAGUUGAAAGGAAUGCGGCAGAUUUUGUGGGAGAGGGGGCUCCUGGUCAAAGGCAUGAGUAAGACGGGGGGCUCGGGCGAAAAGCAGGACCUCAGCAAGAGCAUGGAGCACCACGUUUUGGGAGAGCAGAAGGACUUCAAGGAAGUUGAUUCUAGUCUGGUGCUGUUGAUGCAGCGCCACGGGGGGGCCUGUCUCAUGCUUCCUAAGUACCACUGCGAGUGUAACCCCAUCGAGCUUGUUUGGGGCCGAGCGAAGGACUGGACUCGAAAGAACUGCAAAUAUUCGUUGGAAUGCUUGCGCAAGAACGUGCCGCUGAGUUUUAGACCAGAGAAGGAUAGACAGGCUGUUUCGGUAGUCCAGGGCUACUGCAAGAAGGCGUACACACACGCCCUCAUGUACCGCGAGACGCGUGUGCAAGGGCCUGAGGGCAAGAAGACGUGCAAGAAGUACAAGUCGCACAGGUGCCCGACCCCGAAGGAAUUUAGGCCGUAGAGUCGAUGGCGCAUUCUUGUUCAUUGAGCUGUAUUUGUUCAGUUUUUUUCCGUGUUUCUGGUGGGAAUGUUGUACAAAAAUGGAACAUUUUUGUUGAAAACGGCCAAUUUUUGUGAUGUAUGUACGCUAUAGGUGCGGUAGAGGCAUUUGCAUAGUGUUUGAGGGCGUUCCUGUGCACGUGUGGGUGGUUUGGUGCGAAAAAAAAAAAAGGAUUAGCAACAUAUAUGGGGGAAAAGUUGCUCUAGGGUCAAUUUCGUGGGUUCGAGACCCGCCGCGAGCACCUUUUUUUCUUUCUUUUCCUCUUU